AUGAGCUUAACCAGGAACGAAGCCUGGUUUAUGAUUGGGGAUUUUAACGAAAUUACCGGGAACCAUGAGAAACGGGGAGGUCGUAGGCGUCCGGAAAUCUCUUUCAUCCCUUUCCAGACCAUGAUAGCUAAUUGUGGGAUGAUCGAUCUCCCUUACAAAGGAAAUUCAUUCUCCUGGGUGGGAAGAAGACGCUCAGGAAAAGUCAAAUGCCGCUUAGACAGAGCACUUGGAAACGAAGAGUGGCUCUCCUUUUUUCCCCAUUCAUCCGCAGAGUAUCUGAAACUUUGGGGAUCAGACCACAGACCAGUCCUAGCUAUGAUAAAAUCUGAAAAUAUAAGGAAGAAAAAAUUAUUUCGCUUUGACAAAAGAUGGAUUGGAAAACCAGGAUUCAAAGAGGUAGUCGUUUCCGGGUGGGGCCCUUUUGAUGGAAUCUCACGUCGAGAUUUCCAUCUGAAAGUGGCACGAUGCCGGAAAAACAUCUCCAUCUGGAAAAGAUCUUCCCCGACGAACUCGCAAAAGAUGAUCAAAGAUUUAAAAAAUCAAUUGGAUUUUGCCCAAGAUGAUGACAAUACAACGCUUGAGGAAAUCGAAAAUAUUAGGAGACGACUCUGCAAAGCACUCCGGGAAGAAGAAAUCUUUUGGCAACAAAAGAGUCGGGAAAAAUGGCACAAGGAUGGAGAUAAAAACACAAAGUUUUUCCAUGCGCUCACUAAACAAAGGAGAGCUCAAAACCGUAUCGUCUCGCUCAGAGAUAGUAAUGGACAAUUGGUAGAAAACGCGAGGGGGAUUGAGCGGGUGGCUUCCUCGUAUUUCCAAGAGCUAUUCUCUUCAGCUUCCCCCUCUGACCCGGCACUCUCACUCCGGUAUAUCACCGAGAAAGUAUCAAACAAUACAAAUCAAUUACUACUGAAGGAACCAACUGAAAAAGAAAUCAGAGAAGCCCUCUUUGAUAUUAAUCCGGAUAAAGCCCCCGGUCCUGAUGGAAUGACAACCCAAGAAAACUUUCAUGCACUUCGUACCAAUACCAUAUGCAGAGAAGAAUUCAUGGCCAUAAAGACAGAUAUGAGCAAAGCCUAUGAUCGGGUCGAAUGGAGUUUCAUUGAAGCCCUCCUGAUUAAGUUAGGCUUCUCGGCGAGAUGGAUCGAGCUUCUUAUGUUCUGCAUUUCCUCAGUCUCAUACCAGGUCCUUAUUAAUGGUGAACCCAAAGGACAUAUCAAGCCAUCGAGGGGUUUAAGGCAAGGAGAUCCUCUCUCCCCAUUUCUUUUAAUCUUAUGCACAGAGAGCCUUAUCUCCCUCCUUAAAGGAGCCGAGGAUGAAGAACGUAUUUCUGGGCUGAAAGUGGCCCAAGCAAGUCCCCCAGUGUCGCACCUACUAUUCGCUGAUGAUAGCCUGUUCUUCUGUAAAGCAAACAUUCACCAGGGAACAGAGAUCCUCAGAAUUUUAAACACUUAUGGAGAGGCAUCGGGGCAAAAACUUAACCUGGGCAAAUCAUCCAUCAUGUUUGGAAAUAAAGUGGAGCUGAACCAAAAACGAGAUAUUAAAAACACCAUCGGCAUCUCGACAGAAGGUGGCAUGGGCAUGUAUUUGGGCCUACCAGAGCAAAUCUGCGGAUCAAAGAAGAAAGUCUUCUCAUUUGUCCAUGAUCGCCUUAGCUCCCGAGUCAAUAAUUGGUCUGCAAGACUUCUCUCAAAAGGGGGAAAGGGAGUCCAGAUCAAAUCAGUGGCUCAAGCCGUACCAACCUACGUCAUGUCUUGCUUUCUCCUCCCUCAAGGGAUUACUGACAAACUCCGUAGUGCCAUUGCCAAUUUUUGGUGGAGAUCAAAACAAGAUAGCAGUGGGAUACACUGGAUUGCAUGGGACAAGAUCUGCAUUCCCCAGGAUAUGGGAGGCCUUGGAUUUAGGGACUUAAACGAUUUUAACCUAGCUUUGCUAGCCAAGCAACUAUGGAGACUUAUCCAGUUCCCAAACUCUCUUCUGGCACGGGUGCUAAGAGGAAGAUACUUUAGACAAUCUGACCCUUUAGAGAACCGUAAAGUUUACUCACCAUCCUACGGAUGGAGGAGUAUGUUGGCCGCCAAACCGUACCUUAAAUUGGGACUCAGGAAGACGAUCGGAUCGGGACUCAACACCAGAGCUUGGAGUGAGCCUUGGAUCCCCGAUGUUAGAGCCCGACCUCCAAGAGCAGGCCCCCUGAUUGGCUUCCAAGAUCCGGGUAUGCUGGUAUACCACCUGAUCAAUCAAGACACGAAACUAUGGAAUGAGCCGCUCCUAAGAGCCUGCUUCCAACCUGAGGAUGUCUCUAUUAUUCUCGGGUUGAGACCUACUAGGAACCGUACCCUAGAUGGAUACGCAUGGAAUCACACCAAAUCAGGAAUCUAUUCGGUCAAAUCGGGCUAUGAUUUGAUUAGAAGAAUAAAACUGGCACAAAAUCCUGAGGUCAUGGGUGAACCGAGCAUCAGAGCCCUUCAAAGUCAUGUUUGGAAAGUACAAACUCCCGGAAAAAUGAAGCACUUCAUGUGGCAAGCCCUCUCAGGAUGCAUUGCCACUUGUCAUAACCUGACCCGCAGAUAUAUGGCUACAGAUGGAUGUUGUCCCCGCUGUGGAAACCCUGAAGAAUCUAUUAACCACCUUCUAUUUUUAUGUCCCCCGGCUUUACAAGUCUGGGCGUUAUCGGACUUUCCGUCCCUUCCGGGCCUCUUCCCGAGUACCUCUAUUUUCCAAAAUAUGAGCUUCCUCUUUUGGAAAACAAAAGAGUUAGGCAUGACAGAUCCACAAAAGGAUAUUUAUCCUUGGAUCCUAUGGUAUAUCUGGAAAGCAAGAAAUGACAAGAUUUUUAACAGGAAAGAAAUCUCCCCGUUAGACACCUUAGUCCAUGCAAAGAUUGAAGCAGAAAGCUGGCGGAGUGCAAACAAGUCGGAAGCAGAGGAGGACGCAUUUGACGAGACAAACCCUAAUUCCCUACUUCCGAUAUCGCCACCUGAUACCAUGAGGUACCCAAUCUGCCAGGUUGAUGCCUUUUGGAUAGCGAACGGGCUGGUUAGUGGGCUCGGGUGGAGUCUGAAGAAGGAGAGGAGCGGGGAGAUUUAUGGACUCCAAGGCUGUCGUAGAAGCAUCUCGGCAUUACACGCCGAAUUGGAGAGCCUCUUAUGGGCAAUGUUUUGCGUGAGAGACAAACAGAUCUUAUCAGCUCACUUCCAGACCGACUGCUUGGAUCUGGUUAACAUGGCAGAAUCGCCAUCUGAUUGGCCUUCUUUCCUCUCAGAAUUGGAAAUCUUCCGAUCUUUACGUGAGAGCUUUCUGGAUUUCACUAUUUCUCAUAUUCCCAGGAGUUCAAAUGUCCGAGCGGAUAGUCUGGCGAAAGGAGCUCGAGCUAAAGGCAUUAUAUUCUCCCAAAUCAUUCAUAACGAGCCAGUUGCGGGGGGUCUUCCAGACCAUUCCCUAAACGGGUCAAUAGUGAUGUAA